CACACAUGCAAGUUACAAAACACAUUUUCUGCCAUUAAAAAUACACGUGUGUGAGUGGCUGUUCUGCAAAAAUAUACUAGCUCUUACAGUGGGACUUAGCACCGACUUUUACAGGAAGAAAUGAAAAACGGACCGCCGAAGUCCGAUGCAUCUGAAUCUAAAGGUAAAGUGCAGAAAAGAGCUGGGGACAAACCUGGACCAACUCUCUCCAAAAAACUACGACAAAAGAAAGAUGCAGAGGCACCAGGGCCUUUUUUCAGGUCUGCAGAUGUCCAGAAGAGGGGUGGGCAUGGGAGCAUCGUGCACUACAUUUACAAGAGCACUCUGGGACAAAGUCUUCACUCACAAAUGAGACAGUGUCUCCAGGAGCCUUUUGUUCGCUCCCUGUCAUCUUAUCAUUUCCACGGAGCCACCAGCCCCUUCGACCGCAGAGUCACUUGUCUGGAGUGGCAUCCCACUCAUCACACCACUCUGGCUGCGGGAUCCAAAGGUGGUGACAUUUAUCUGUGGGACUUUGAGGUACCAACAAAGACGACUUUUAUUCAAGGGAACGGACCAGGAGACUUUAUCGGAGGGAUGAAGUUUUGUCCAACGGACUUUUCUAAAGUCUAUGUGGCCUCCGGUGAGGGUAUACUGACCCUGCACAGCUUUGAGGGCAAAGCACCCACUGUUCUGUCCAGAACUCAAGACUGUGGCCACGACCACCACAAUGUUUGUUACUGGUUUUGCUGUGUAGAUGUGUCUGUAAGUCGACAGAUGCUUGUGACUGGAGACAAUACAGGACAACUGUCACUGCUGAGCUUGGAUGGCCAAAAGAUUUUCAGUGAUAAAUUGCACAAAGCCAAAGUGACUCAUGCAGAGUUCAACCCCCGUUGUGAUUGGCUCUUGGCUACGGCCUCAGUUGACCACACGGUGAAACUUUGGGACCUCAGAAACAUUAAGGACAAGACAAACUUCCUCCACAAUAUGCCUCAUGAGAAAGCUGUGAACUCAGCCUAUUUCAAUCCAUUGGACUGCUCCAAGUUGCUCACCACAGAUCAGUAUGAUCAGAUCCGGGUUUACUCCUCGUCUGAUUGGUCAAAGCCUCUACAUAUCAUCCAGCAUCCACAUAGACAGUUCCAGCAUCUCACACCCAUCAAGGCUACGUGGCACCCGGUGUAUGAUCUGAUUGUGGCUGGACGUUACCCUGACGACCGCAUUUGUCCUGGUGAUCAGAGAACCAUUGACGUAUUUGACUCAAACUCAGCAGAGCUUGUUUGUCAGUUACAAGAUCCUACUGUUUCAGGAAUCAAAUCUAUCAACAAAUUUAAUCCCAGUGGAGAUGUGAUUGGAUCUGGGAUGGGUGUAACCGUGCUGGUCUGGGAUAGAAAUGAGUCACUGAUCAAUGAUCGGCACAAACUACAGGAGGAAACCACAACCUCAGUGGACAGCCUCAGAGGCCAGCGGAGGAGUCAGCAGCGCUCCAGCAGGGACAGGAGAGGUCCCGCUAUGGAUGCAAAACUCAAGAAAAAACUGGCCUCUCUGGAAGAAUCUGAGACCAAGACCAAGAGUAAACACAGUAAAACUCAGCUGAAGAAGAAUUAAACUGUAAAUAUCAUCAGGAUAUUGAAAAGUUGUAUGUAUAUUGUAUAUGUCUUUGUUUCUGGGUUGUUGACUUCAGGGAUUCCUGUAACUUUUAAAAGAUUUUUCCAUUCUUAUAUUUUGUAAACCAAGUUAAUAUAACAGGUUCUCACUGAUGUUUUUCUACUGUAUUGAAAUAAAAAUGUUCUCUUGUUAAGGA